CUCCUAGUUCUUCCCCUGGUACCAGCGCUGAAAGUACUGGGGUAAAGGGGGUGAUGAAAUGAAGGUGAGAGGAGGCCAUGUUCCCCCCAGUUUUAUGAGGCUGGGGCACAGUACGCAAGUGUUGGUACCUUCCUGCAAGGGUUGAACAAGGAGCAGGGCUUUAGUCCACAUCCGUGGACUUAUUGCACAAGUGCUGGGCUUGGUACAGGAGUGACCCCAGGUGCUUCCAGUACCCUCGUUGCCCCAGGUCCAAUGCUCAGCGCUGCCUGUGGCACCCCACACCAGGGCAUCCACGUGCCUGGCACCACAGCACUGUAGGCUGGGCAGGUAGUGAUGCCUGCCAGGCACUGCCCAUCCUCUUGCCCCCUGCAUCUGUUUGUGCCCCAAGUCCGUCCAUACCCCAACAGCACCACGGAGGCGCCAGCAGCCCAGCCCAUGGCCUUUGUGCUGGAUGCCUGGCACUGGACUAUCAGACAUGCCGAACACCUCCACACACCCUGCAAGGGCUGAUACCGGUCCAAAGUCCCUUCCCAGAUCUGCUAGAAAUGCAGACACUGCCAGUGGUGCUGAGCUACUGGAUCUCAGCAUGCAACCUCUGGCACUCCUCAUGCUCUGUCUGGGCCUUCAGGCAGAACUCAGCACUGCUACCAUCCCAGUGGAGGAGGAGGAUCCAGCCUUCUGGAACAGGCAGGCAGCCACAGCCAUUGAGGCCUCCUGCAAGUUGCAGCCCAGGGUAACUGAAGCCAAAAACCUCAUCAUUUUCCUUGGAGAUGGAUUUGGGGUCCCCUCCAUCACGGCCACCCGCAUUCUAAAUGGGCAGCAGCAGGGGAAGCUGGGCCCUGAGACCCCCCUCGCCCUGGAUUCUUUCCCCUAUGUGGCUCUCUCCAAGACAUACAGUGUGGACCGGCUUGUCCCUGACAGCGCAUCGACUGCCACAGCCUACCUCUGCGGGGUGAAGGGCAACUACCACACAGCAGGAGUGAGUGCAGCCGCCCGUCUCUCACAGUGCAACACCACGGCAGGCAAUGAGGUGGUCUCAGUGCUGGAGCGAGCCCGCAAAGCUGGGAAGGCAGUGGGCAUCGUAACAACAUCACGGGUGCAGCACGCAUCACCCUCGGGGGCCUAUGCCCAUGUGGUGGACCGCAACUGGUACGCGGAUGUCAGCGUGCCCAAGGAGGCCCGUCUCCAAGGCUGCAAGGACAUCGCCUGGCAGCUGGUCCACAACGUGGACAUCAACGUUAUCAUGGGGGGUGGUCGGAUAUACAUGACCCCUGCAGGGACGCCGGACCCUGAAUAUCCUGCCAAUAAAACAGAGAAUGGGAUACGAGGGGAUGGGAAAAACCUUAUCAACAUGUGGCUGGAGGCACGGCCGGGUGCCCGCUAUGUCUGGAACAGGACAGAGAUGCUGGCUGCGGCUUCUGACCCCAGCGUGACUUAUUUGAUGGGUCUCUUUGAACCCAUGGAUAUGAAGUAUGACUUGGUGCGUAACACCACCCUGGACCCAUCGCUCACUGAAAUGACAGAGGCUGCCAUCACUAUACUGAGCAGAAAUCCCAAAGGCUUCUACCUCUUUGUGGAAGGUGGCAGGAUCGACCAUGGCCACCACGAAGGUGCAGCCCAGAAGGCGCUGACGGAUGGGAUUGCAUUUGAUCGGGCCAUUGACCGAGCGGGCGCCCUAACGGACGAGGCAGACACCCUCACCGUAGUCACUGCUGACCACUCACAUGUCUUCAGCUUUGGUGGCUACCCCCUGCGUGGCGCCUCCAUCUUCGGUCUGGCUCCGAGCAAAGCUGCUGACAAUAAGAGCUACACAGCCAUCCUCUACGGGAACGGGCCAGGCUACCUGGGUGCUGUUCGGCCUGACGUGAAUGAAUCCACAGCCAAGGAAUUUGACUACGUGCAGCAGGCAGCUGUGCCCCUCAAGUCGGAGUCCCAUGGUGGUGAGGAUGUGGCCAUCCUGGCCAAGGGUCCCAUGGCCCACCUCUUCCAUGGGGUGCAGGAGCAGACCUAUGUGGCCCAUGCCAUGGCUUAUGCCGCCUGCCUCGAGCCCUAUGUCGACUGCCACCAGCGGAGCUCUGCCACUGGAGCCCACACCACCUUCCUGGCCCUGCUCCUCCCCACCCUCCUCCUGCCCCUCUUCCACUGACCCCACAGCCCUGCAUUCUCCUCUCCCCACUGCUGCAGCACCCACAGGUGGAUGGUGACUUUUUGGAGUAUCCCUGAUCUGGACAUGGCAGUCAUGAGGCAUCAUAUCCAGGAAUGGAGGGGU